GCAAAGGUUGUAAAGAGUUUGAGGGUGCGGGAAGCCCCCUCGUCCGCUGUUUCUGUUUAAUCCCCGUCAGCAGAGCCGCGGGCGGGGAGUUAUAAAAGCCAGUUUAGGGAAUAUGUCGCCGACAUGUCGCGCUCGGGCCAGCGGCCGCUCCGGAACCCUCGGGCACGGUGCGCGUUUCCCGCCGGGCAGCCCGUCCGCGCGUACCGAGGCGUGCGGGGGACCGGCGCGGCGGCGGACCUGGGCGGGCGGCGGGCCGCCAUGGCGUCGCCCCCGCUGGUGGCGGCGGGGGCCGGGAGCGGCGGCGAGGCGAGCUCGGGGUCCGAGGAGACGGGGACGGCGGCGCCGCCCGGCCGCGACCUGGCCGCCCUCUUCGAGCAGGCGGCCGAGCGGCUGCCGGCGCUGCUGCCCGCCGCCAGCAAGGAGCAGCUGCUCUACCUGUACGCCCGCUACAAGCAGGUGAAAUUUGGAACCUGUAACACUCCCAAGCCGAGCUUCUUUGAUUUUGAGGGAAAGCAGAAAUGGGAGGCUUGGAAGGCCCUGGGAGACAUCAGCCCUCAUCAAGCUAUGCAGGAGUAUAUUGCUACAGUGAAAAAACUGGACCCCAGUUGGAAUCCACAGACGGCAGAGAAGAGGGGAAAGGAAAGCAAAACAGCAUUUGGAGGCCCUGUUGUCAGCUCAUUAUAUCAAGAAGAAACAAUCAGGGAAGAGGACAAGAACAUUUUUGAUUACUGCAGAGAAAACAACAUUGACUAUGUAACCAAAGCCAUUCGAUCAAAAAAAGUGGAUGUGAACGUCACAGAUGAGGAGCAGAGGCGGGGCCCGUGGGCUGGGUGUUUCAGACCUGCCAGAGGAAUGAGCUUUUGGGGACUUGGUGACUUAGGCAGCAUUGAAAAUCUUACCCUUAACUGCGUAAGUCGUCGCUCCCAGAAAAGUCGGAGGUGUCAAAAUCCCAAAUCUAUGGCCGGGCUCUGCUCCACUGGGCGUGCGACAGAGGACACAAGGAGCUGGUUUCAGUACUGUUACAGCAUGCUGCUGACGUUAACAGCCAGAGGACAAAUACUGCUGUGGUCAGCAUUCGAUACAUCCCUGAUGGAUGUUGUUCUGCCAAUGUACUUCAACACGGCUUGGAAGAGAGAUGGAAACCGCAGCUUGGACGCAGCCAGUGACUUAGUUUGACAUACCUGCUCCUCCCAUUAACACUGCAUAAGUCUAAAGCAUCUGUUAACGUCUGACUUGCCAAAAAUACUCAGAAGAUCUCUUCGGCUGCAUGGUUGAGGUUUAGAGGUCUAGGUCAAAUGCCUUGUCCGGUCAGCUUUUGGGUUUUAACGUAAUGAGCAACUGUUGCUAUUUCUGCUGGAACUGUCUCUGGAAAACAUCUCUUGUUUUCCACUGCGGGUCGUUGCUUCGUAUGGGCGGAAUGCAGUGAACAAGGCAGCUGUUCAGUACAGAUAUACACUUGCUAUUACUAUAGACUACUUUUACUAUAUACUACUUUACUAUCCUCCUUCAUGUCCCAUUCACAGCACAACCUCGGCCUCCGCCUUACAAAUCGAUGGCUUUCCUCUCCACGUUUCUGUUGUGUUGUUUGUGCGCUCCAGCUUCAUUCCUGCCCAGCCCAGACAGGAGCAAAAGGGAGUUCCUGAGGCUGUUAAACACUUAACAAUCGCAAACAAAACUGCGUUGGCAACUGUCAUUUUCCCCGUUACCGGGGAGAGAGGAGGGUUGAGUAAUUUAUUUUUUGUGCGUAUAAAAACUAACAGAAAAAUCCAGACAUACCGCAGUGCCAGACAAUUCACCAGUUAACAGUAACGUGUCGUGAGCCACGUGUGUCCUUUAGCUUGCAUUAUGGCUCUGCUAAGGUUUAGGAGAAAAAAAAUUUAAAAUAUUACCAUUUUUUUUCUUCUUCAUAGAGACACACCUGGGAUGCAGACCAGCUAUUUGAAAUUUUGAGAACGAGCAAUUGAUACACUUUCAAGUGCAUUUGCUAAACUUCGGGCUCCCCCCACCAGGUAGUGGCCAGAGGCUAGUUUUGUUUAUUAGUGAGAGAGUUUUCUUUUUUCUUUUUCAGCUGAGAGAGAUAACAGGAUCUGUCCAUUCAGAGCUGGGUUAUCCACAGUUAUGUAUGUUAUUAAAAAACAUAGCGGUAGGUGUCCAGAUCUGUAGACUUCCUGUUGAUUCAGUGAGGAAAUUCCCUUUAUGGUUAUUUUCAGGCUCGAGUUCAGGUUUCUAAUUCUCCAGUUUUGCUACAGAAUCCUGGCAUGACCUUGAACAAGCCACUUGAUUUCUUUCUGUCUUGGUUUCCCAUUUGGGAAACGCUGGGGCAAAUAAUUGUUUUUUAUCUCAUGGAUAUAACAAGAUUAUAAAAAUAUGGUACUUCUAAGACCCUUAGAAAACUGAUCAAAUGAAAUUAAACAGAUCUUGCAGUCCGGAUAAAAUGAGAUGAAACAAGCAUGAAACUAUUAGUGAAAGAAAUGUUUCUUUAUCUUCUGCAAAUAAAAAUGCAAAGUGAUUAAGUGGGUCUUUUCUAGCUAUUAGCAAUAACAGCUCCAGCCAGCUGACUUCUGUCACCCUUGAAAAUUAAUUCGCGGGGUACAGUCGUGAAUUUAGUAUGCCUACAAUAAAUACCCCUAAAAAUGUUGUCGCUUUCUUUGAAGCAUGAUGUUACUGCCGCAAUAGUACUGCAAUUACUUGCCCUAUAGAUAAAAAGUGGCUCCUCUAAAUGAGAUGCUCAAAUACAAUGGUUUGCAAAUUUCUUUUAAUUGAUUCCGCCCCCCCCGUGGUAUUUCCUUCCUUUACUGUACACCCAGCAGUAUUUUUGUGAAGCAAGGGAGAGGACUGGGAAUAACGUUAAAUGUUAUUCUCAUCCAGGACUGUUUCGGAGGUCUGGUUCAUGGCAUGCACGCGCUUCGGGCAGCUGUGCCUCUGCCAGCGGAGCCAUGGAGAGGGGUAGCAACCAAGGGGAGCCGAGUGGCCAGAGAUGGCCAUACCUCCGGGCAGCAUCUCUGCUGAGACCAACCUGUCAUGGAGAAAACGCCAUGCAUCCCUGCUGCCAAUGGAGAGGCUGGGCACGGUUAGUGGUGAGCUCUGUGUAUGUGUGAGAUGUUUGGGAGAGAGGUGGAAAGCACCAGCUUUGGUGGUCAGAUGAGAAA